UGAUCGUUACAGUAUCAUGUUGGGUAUAGAGUUGCAGGGCGAGAAAUUGCAGUUGAAUAUCCCGGUUAAUUUGCUAUAAAUUUAGGGGGUUUAUAUUGAUAUUUGUGCUGCUGCGCGGUGAGACACACGAACCUUUAAGGACGCUUCUUAUUUUCAAAGCCUGAAAUAGUCGCUGUCAGGAGGACUCUUGUUUUGUUGAUGUCAUCCGUGGUAGAGCUGUAGCGACCUUCACUUGCUGCUGUAUAAGACGGGGAUAAACAAAGACUCGUUUUGGUUUCUGUUUUUGUUCUUUGUUGUUCUUUGUUUGUCACUUUCAGCAACAGCGAGGAUGGGACAUUUAUUGCACGGUAUCCUGCUGUUUUCUGUAUAUACUUUCACUGUCGGCUUAGAUUUCCAGCCGGGAUCCAAACCCCUCGGACAGUCUGUUUUUCUGAAGCAGUCACGCAUUGGAGAGAAAGCCGCGAAAAUCGUGAAGAGAUCUCUGCCUGGCUGGCUGGCUCCAUCACCAAACCACAAGAUAAAACGAAGAAGCACCGAGCAGGACGACUCAUGUAAAGCGCUCCAAGGAUCUGACACCAAGUUAGCGAACAACACCCACAUAUACGCCUUCAAUGACCUGAGUGGGUCAGUGUCACUGGCCUGGGUUGGAGAUGGUACAGGGGUCAUUCUGGCUUUGACGACCUUUCAGGUGCCCUUCUUCUUGGUGAAACUCGGGCAGUCCAAACUCUAUCGAAGUGAGAACUACGGGAAGUCAUUUCAGGAUGUGACCAAUUUAAUCAAUAACACCUUCAUCAGAUCAGAGUUUGGCAUUGCAAUCGGCCCAGAAAACUCAGGGAAAGUGAUCCUGACUGGUGAAGUAUCUGGAGCUCUGGAGUCUCGGAUUUUCAUCACAGAUGAUUUUGGAAAGACUUUCACCCACCGGGACUUGCCUUUCAUCCCCAUUAUGCAGAUCAUUUACAAUCCUGAGGACUCAAAUAAGCUAGUAGUCCUCAGCAGCAGUAAUGAACUGUGGCUUUCUGAGGAUUUUGGCACCAACUGGAAAAAGGUCCACGACAUGGUGUGUCUGGUGAAAUGGGGAAGGAAAAAUACCCUCUUCUUCACAGCCAGCCAAAAUGGAUCCUGCAGUGAUCGGGGAAUGUUAGACCUGAAGAGAACUACAGACUAUGGUAAAACCAAAAAGACAAUCGCCAGUAAGAUCUACUCUUUCGGCCUCGGUGGACGCUUCCUCUUUGCCUCUGUAAUGACAGGCAAGGGCAUGCUAAGGAUGAUCCACGUGUCUGUGGACCAGGGUGAGACUUGGAACAUGGCCCAGCUGCCACCCGUCGGUCACGAGCAGUUCUACUCCAUCCUGGCUGCAAAUGACGACAUGGUUUUCAUGCACGUUGAUGAACCUGGAGAUACAGGAUUUGGUACAAUUUAUGUGUCGGAUGACCGGGGCACUGUGUACUCCAAGUCACUGGAGCAUCAUCUUUAUACCACCACGGGGGGCGAUACAGACUUCACUAACGUCACAUCCCUACGAGGAGUUUUCAUCACUAGCAUCCUGGGUGAAGAUAGCUCUGUGCAGUCUGUGGUAUCCUUUGAUCAGGGAGGGGAGUGGGUUCCCCUGCAGAAACCUGCCAACACCAGGUGUGAUGCUACAGCCAAGGACCCUGAAAAGUGCAGUCUCCACAUUCAUGCAGCUUACAGCACUGCAAUGAAGCUGAAUGUCCCCAUGCUGCCUCUGUCUGAACCAAAUGCUGUGGGUCUCGUCUUAGCUCACGGCAGCGUUGGUGAUGCAAUCUCAGUGAUGCGGCCCGAUGUAUAUGUGUCUGACGAUGGGGGCUAUACCUGGAUAAAAGCACUUGAGGGGCCCCAUCACUAUGCUAUUCUGGACUCGGGGGGGCUGCUGGUAGCUGUGGAGCACAGCAUUAAUGAACCUGUCAACCAGAUCAAAUUUUCCACUGAUGAAGGGCAGUGCUGGGGUGUGUAUAACUUCACCACAGAUCCCAUUUUCUUUACUGGGCUGGCAUCAGAGCCAGGGGCUCGCUCCAUGAAUGUCAGCAUCUGGGGUUACAGAGACUCCCUCUUCAGCCAGUACUGGAUCUCCUUCACCAUUGACUUCAGGGAUCUUCUCACCAGAGACUGUGGAGAAGAUGACUAUGUGCAGUGGUUGGCCCACUCUGAUGAUAUAAGUGACCCAAAUGAUGGCUGCAUGCUGGGUUACAAAGAGAAGUUCCUGCGGCUCAGAAAGGACUCAGUUUGCUGGAACGGUCGUGAUUAUGACGUCAACAAACAACCGACCCCGUGUCCAUGCACGCUGGAUGACUUCUUGUGUGACUUUGGGUACUACCGUAAUGAGAACAGCUCAGAGUGUGUGGAGCAGCCAGACCUGAAAGGCAAAGUGUUGGAGUUUUGUCUGCAUGGAAAAGAGGAGCAACUGCAGACCAGUGGGUAUAGAAAAAUCCCAGGUGAUAAAUGUGAGGGAGGAGAGAUGCCUGAACGUAAAGAGAUCGACCUCAGUAGGAGGUGUGUCAGUGACUUGGUGGGCUCAGACCGUUUGACAGACACUCGGUCUACCAGUUCUGUGCCCAUCGUGAUAACCGUCAUUGUGGUCAUGCUGCUGAGCAUUGCAGCAGGUGUGGUCUUUGUCAAGAAAUAUGUCUGUGGUGGCAGGUUUUUGGUUCACAGGUACUCUGUGCUGCAGCAGCAUGUUGAAGACAAUUCUGCUGAUGGGAUGGAUGACCCGCUAGAGACCAACCACACUCAAAAUGGCAAAAUUGAAUUUCACGAUGACUCAGAUGAGGAUCUGCUUGAAUAACAGGCGACACCUGUUACACAACUGAGCAACAGGUUUCCUGUCCACCGUGUGGCCGGCCGCUGUCCCUGCCACUCUUAUGUCUCCAGCUCCUUCUUCCUUUCUCCCUCUACUAUAAAGUUUGGCCUCAGCUACAGACAAAGAGUCUGUCUCUGCUCUCAUCAGUAAAGUUUAAUGAAUGUAAGGAGGCUUUCUAAGACUUACGCCACAGCUGAGAACAAUGAAGAGGGUCAUGUUGUGUUGUACCUCAGUUAUCAGUCCUGUUGAGUGGGUUUGAAUCUCGGAGAUAUUUAUUUUAGGGAAUGAAGAAGUGCUACAGUAACUGCUGUCAUGAGUAAUGAGUUUUGAAGAAAAGUUAGUUGUAUAAAUCCACCUCCACUGUUUUAUGGGUCUUCCUUUCCCAUCAUCUUACUGUGUUCCUGGAAGUACUUUCCAUUUAUGUUGACUUGUUCAUAAAACCCGCAUUUAUUUCAAUUUAUUGAUCAGAUAUCAGUUUGGUGGGUGUUUUUAAAAGGUUGCAGUUGAUGGCCUAGACUAUAUAAAUAUAUAUUUGGUUUCUUUUAGUCUCACUAAAAAAUACAAUCUUAUGUAUUCAUCUGUGCUUUGAAUACCAGCUUGCUGAUUGUUGGAACGUCUUGGCAUUGUGGUCUGUUGUUGAAGUAAUAAGGCACAUGAAAUUAAUAUUUCUGUGAGGUUUGACAGCAAUAACAUGUUAAAAUUUUGUAUAUUUAGCUAAUUGUCUUUGCACGGUAAAGCAUCUCUUACCCUUGAUAUUUUGUUUGAUGAACGGAGAUGUCAUUGAGCAAAUCACAACGCAUCAAUCUGAAUAGUGAAAUGUCUGUUUUAAAGACAGAAGUUGUUUAAAUCUUUAACUGCUAAAAGCACAAUGUCCUAAUUAUGAUAAGACUUUGUAGUUUAAGAUUUUUCUUAAAUGUGACCUAAUAUGGUAGGAUAUCACUGUAACUCUGUAAAAGCUGUUUGUAAUUAUCUGAGCAGUUUUUGUACUAAUCAACUUCUACUAACUAUUUAACAUCUCGUUAUUGAGAUUUGAAGUAAUAACUGUUUGAUAAUAGAUGUGUUUUUUUGGCAAUACAUUUGGAUAACCAAAUAAUUUGAUGAUAAAAACAAAAAAAUGUAAUAAAGCAAUUCAGUUAUAGAACUGCAAUACAAGCUCUUUUGGGGGCAGGAUUUGCUUUUGAUUUUAGGCAAAUUAUCUAAAAUAGCAUUUAUUGAAGGAUUCUCAUGUAUUUUACAAUGAACUGCUUUUUUUAAUCAGUUCAACAAAUCUGUCUUAUGUGAAGUCUUAUUUUUUUGUUUUUCUUUUAAGGCGUUUGUUGCACAGCUAUUUAUCUGUCUUGUGUUAGAUACCGAACUUCCACGCAAGUUUAAUUUAUUUAUGACAAGCUGGUUCAGAGUGCAGUAAACUGGAAGUGGUUAUACAAGUGCCUGGUGUGAGGAUCUGACACGAGGCCAGCAUCCAUCUACUGAUCAUUAUUUAUAUCAGAUACAUGUAACCAGUUUGAUCUAGUUUGUCAGUGACUCUCCAGAGCUGCACUUGUUGCCUAAGAUGACUUUGGGAAUAGUUCAUGUCUGCAUCAUAUGAGGUCUCAUACACCUGCAUGUUACUUUGAUCUUUGUAUAAAAAAUGAUCUGCAAUAACCUGGCGAGUUUCCAUUUUGUUUGCUGUUUUUUUUAUUUUUUUCUUCUUCUUUUGGACCGAGGCCGUCUGAUAAGAGUUGACUUAAAAAGAACAGAGCGGGUACAGGGUUACUAUGUAGCUACUUUAUACUGGAAAACAUCCGAUGAGGUUUAUUUAAUGAGUUUGUUGCAUUUUUGUGGGGGUGACACAUUUUUCAUUUAAAACAGCUGUAUAAACUUAAGAUGUGUUGUCUGUAAAUAUCUACUGUUACUCAUUUAUAACUGCUGUUUCUCUCUUCUGUAUAUUUAAGGCAAUUAAUUUUCUUUGGGUUUGACAAUAAAUUUCUGUUCCUUAAA